ACCUCCACUCUUUGAGUAACAUUUAGGAUCUUAUGCACCUCCUGAUCUUGGUCUCUUUAGCCUGGUUGAGAUUUCUAAGACUUCCACAUGGAAAGCUUUAUGGAUCGGUAGGCUACAGACUGAGAGGCUUCUUUCCCUCUUCCUUCUAAUUAUUAACUUCUGGACGAUUACUUGUCUUGACACCCUGGUGUCCAUGCAGAUUGUGGAUAGUCUCGUCUCCUUGGUCCUCCGCUGAGGAUGUGUUGACUUUCUCUCCCUGUGGUCUAACUCCUGUGAUGGAUGAUGCAUUGAUCUGUGGAGCAUUCCACCCUGUCUGAAAAGAAGCAGCUUUGUUUGACCUGAAAUUGGAUUUGUCCCGAAAGACAAAGGGGGAGAGAGAGACAAAGACUCUUAUUUAAACCUAGAGGAGGGGAGAGAGGUAUCAGAUUGGGCUUAGGCUGUUGUGAGGUCAGUUUGUGUUUCAGCAUCCUUCACUCUCUGACACAUAAACAGAGGAACUUGGGCCCGAAGGUUUUGAGAAGCCCAUCUGAGGCAAAGUCCAGAGGGAAGAUCUAAAGCGAUGAGUGAGGUUGUUUGUAAAGCUUGGUCCAGAGUGAAAAUUCCCUCUGUUUAGCAACACACAAUGGACUUAGCGCUAGACUAGUUUGAUAGGCAGACAGGAAGGUGUGUAGGAAUGGGUACCCUAAGAGGUAUCAGUGAUCCAUGGGAGGUCUACGAAAGGGAAACCUCCAGCAGCAGCUCUUGUGAUGCAGGCCAGAAUGCCUGUACUCAGGAGGAACUCAGACUUAAACACCUGCUGUUACUGAGGGAUGCGUUUACCCGUCGCACAACCUCGGACAGGGGUCCCGGCAGAGUUGGAGAGGUGCACGGAAAAAGGGAGGAGGAGAAAGAGGGAUGAGUCUGGAGGAGUUCCAGAAUGCUCUGAGUGCUGUGAUUGGUCCAGACAGCCAGAGCGGGUGGCUGGAGAGGGUCUUCAAUGAGAUUGACGUGUCACGUGAUGGCUAUGUGGAGUGGGAGGACCUGUGUAGCUACCUGCUGCAGCAGUGCAGAGAGAGAGACCACACCUCCAGGCCAAGAGGCGCUCUACUAGACACUGAACCACUCAUCAAACACUGUUCACACAACAAGCAGGAGCCCACUAUCUGUGUAGUGGCUGUUCCCCAUCCUCCCCCCCUCCGCUACAUCAGUGUCAGUAAGAGGGGGCUGCUCACUGUGUGGAACAACCGACUACAAGUCCUCAAGACUCUGGAGCUGGCUGGAGACCCUGCAGAGCAAGGGGUUAACAGAAGGAUGUUCAGGGGCUGGACCACUGAUGCUGUCUACCUGCCCAAAGUCCACAAGGUCGCCAUAGCAACCAGCAGCAGGGACCUCCACUUUGUUGACGUGUCCACGGCCAGCUGCUUUGAAGACAUCCACUUGUUUGGGUUCCCCAAUGUUCCAACCUCUCUCUGCUACUGGCAUGACAUAAAGUCUCCAGGGGGGCGCUCUUUGCUGCUGUGGGGAGAUGAAAAGGGAGGGAUCCAUCUGUUGUGGUUCCUCCAACUCCAAAAUGGACUGUUUGAGAGCCCCUUCACUGAGGACAAUGUCCCUCAGAGGAUUUACAUGCAGGAUAUUGGUGACCACAGCCGCCUAGUCUCCUACCAACAUAUCCCCACAGUCCACCAGGAACCAAUCAACAGGAUCAUUUUCGAGCCCCACACUGACCUCAUCAUGACAUCAUCAGGAAGCGACGCCUCCUCAGUAGUCAUCAUGCAUGUGUCUCUCAGGAGAAAACCCUAUGUUUGGAGAAUCAAUAAGGGUGUGACGUGCUUUGAUUUCAGCAGGUCUCUCAACCUAUUGGUGACGGGUGGUCUGGACCCUGCGGUCAAACUGUGGAACUGCUUCAUGACCGCUCGGCCAGUCGCGGUCCUACACGGUCACGGCACCACAGUACUGGACGUGGUCAUCUACCAACCACUGGGACAGGUCCUCAGCUACUCCAAAGAUGCUGAGCUGAGGGUGUGGGACAUCUCCACCAAUCGCUGUCUGAGGACCGUCCACCUGCAGUUCCCCUGUCUGCAGCCAGGGCGCGCCCCAGAGCACGGCAACUUCCCUUUCCUGUUGGUGGCCCCGCCCUUCCUGUCGCAGACUCCGCCCCAUAUCCUGGUGUCCUGUCGAGACUACCUGGCCAGGCUGAGGCUGGAGAAAGGGGGGAGGGGGGAGGAGCAGGGAGGAGGGGGAAGACAAUGCCAUGGUGCCCCCCUCUCCUGUGCUCUCUACAACCCCACACUGAAACAGGUCAUCGCUGGAUGUGAUGACUCGUCUGUAUCAGUGUGGGACGUAGAAACAGGGAGGCUGCGUCUGAAGAUCACCAGCGCUCAUGGAGAGGAGGAGAUUACCUGCAUGGUGCUAGACUCCUCCCACAGACGACUCAUCACUGGAGCACGCAACGGAACCAUCAAGGUGUGGAACCUACUGAAUGGCCUCAACCUACACAAGCUAGAGCCUGUCACCCUCUCAGAUGUCACAGGGGUCAUCUGUCUCCAUGACAACCAGUUGCUGGCCGUGGGGUGGAGCCAGCAGGUCGCUCAGUAUGACAUCAAAGGGGCUAAGGAUGUGUUUGUAAGGGCAGACAUGUCGUGGAAGUCAGGUCAGCAACACAGAGCUGACAUCCUGGUGGUUGACCACUGCCCUGCCCUGGGGGUCAUUGCUACGGGCAGCCAUGAUGGAGAGGUCAUCGUCUGGACUUUGGACACACAGAGACCCCUGGUUCGCCUGCGGAGGGCCACUCACUCACUUGUGUAUGUGAUGCAUGUGUGUAGGACAACACCGCCUGUGGACUCGUUGCUGUUCCUGCUGCGGAGGGGUGGGGACAAACACUGGAGGAACACACCUAUCCUCCUCUCCUCACAGGCUGGAGGGAUCUACUGGUGGAGCAUCACUGGACACACACACACUCAUGGUCAGUUCUAUGCCCCUGGUGGAGAGAAAGAGUGUGUGUUGGGGCUGACUUCAGACCAGGAGAACAACAUCCUGGUCACUGGAGACACAGCAGGGUGUGUUCAGGUCUGGGACAUCUCUCAGUACGCGCUAUGCAUCACACAGGAGCCCUCCUCAAGCCACCCUCCUCUCCUGCAGUCCUGGAGGGCCCAUGAGGGGGCAAUAGUGAGUGUUGAAGUGCUGGUGUACACAGAGAGACUCUUCUUCCUCUCUGGCUCUGUGGAUGGGACCAGCAGAGUGUGGACGGGGGAGGGAGGGCAUGUAGGUUCCUUUGGACAGGAACCACAGUGGAGCCUCGCUGACCCAGCCCCUCACCACACCUCCAGAGACCAGGUAAACAACCUGGCUGAGGAGGAGAAGGAAGAAAGGGAGAAAAAGAUUGAGAGUGAAAGUGACCCAUCACAGAGCAGCGAGGUCACAGGUCAAACAUCUGACCUUUUCAGAGGGGGUCCGGGUUCACCGGAGGAAUGGAUUUAUGAAGGGCUUGUAGAGGAAGCCCCAACACCAGAGAACCAGACAGAACCUGUCGGCACAGAGGAGAGCCCUGCUCCAAGUCACGCUCAACACAUCAGGGUGUCUCAGUGUCACCAGCUGUAUGGGGGCAUCCAGAGGAAGAUGGCAGUUAGGAGAGAGAGGAGGCGGGUAUUUGGUGACAUCAACGUCAAUAAGCUCUUCCCCAUCGGGGGCUUGUGCACGCCCUUCCAGGCCCUGGCCGUGCAGGACUGUCAGCAGGUGUUCCUGCCGGAGGAUUUACCCAUUAGCCCUUGGAUGCAGCGUCAGACUCUGAGUUGUGUGAGUGAAGCGGGGCUUAGCUCCCUACAGCUGUCAAUCAACAGCUCAGAGCAAGAACAGGAAGCCACCUGACCAGCCUCUUCCUUCUACUAUUCUCCUCCUCCUCCUUUCCUUCUCCUUCUCUUCCUCCUUAUUCUUCACCUCCUUCUCCUCUUCCUCUCCUCCUCCUCCACUUCCUUCUCCUCUUCCUCUCCACCUCUCCUCCUCCUCCUCUCCUAUCAGAUUAUAGUGUAAUAAUAUGUAAUAUGUAACAUGCAUGAUAUUAUAUACCUCACAUGCGACUCAUAAUAAUAAUAAAUAAUAAAACCAAAUAAUUAGCCCAUGAAAUUAAUUAUCAGCAUAUCUCAAUUUCCUCUGACAAAAUAACACAAUGCUGAACUCAGCUCAGACAAACAGUAGACCGAUGUAGCAUCCACAGUUACAACCAAUAGGAGGCACUAACAGACCAAUUUCCAGAGACAUUGUAGGUGGUACUAGACCGAUAUAUGGGGACAUUAUACACUACCAGCUAAAAGUUUUAGAACACCUACUCAUUCAAGGGUUUCUCCUUAUUUGACUAUUUUCUACAUUGCAGAAUAAUAUAGUGAAGACAUCAAAACUAUGAAAUAACACAUAUAUGGAAUCAUGUAGUAAACAAAUAAGUGUUAAACAAAUAUAUUUGAGAUUCUUCAAAUAACCACCCUUGCAGUCUUGAAGGAUUUCCCACAUAUGCUGAGCACUUGUUGACUCCUUUUCCUUCACUCUUCGGUCCGACCCAUCCCAAACCAUCUCAAUUUGGUUGAGGUCGGGGGAUUGUGGAGGCCAGGUCAUCUGAUGCAGCACCCCAUCACUCUCCUUCAUGGUCAAAUAGCUCUUACACAGCCUGGAGGUGUGUUUGGUCAUAGUCCUGUUGAAAAACAAAUGAUAGUCCCACUAAACCUAAACCAGAUGGGAUGGUGUAUCGAUUUGGAGGUGGAGGGUCCUUCAUGGUCUGGUGCGGUGUGUCACAGCAUCAUCGGACUGAGCUUGUUGUCAUUGAAGGCAAUAUCAACGCUGUGCGUUACAGGGAAGACAUCCUCCUCCCUCAUGUCUUACCCUUCCUGCAGGCUCAUCCUGACAUGACCCUCCAGCAUGACAAUGUCACCAGCCAUACUGCUCGUCCUGUGCGUGAUUUCCUGCAAGACAGGAAUGUCAGUGUUCUGCCAUGGCCAGCAAAGAGCCUGGAUCUCAAUCCCAUUGAGCACGUCUGGGAUCUGUUGGAUCGGAGGGUGAGGGCGAGGGCCAUUCCCCCCAGAAAUGUCUGGGAACUUGCAGGUGCCUUGGUGGAAGAGUGUGGUAACAUCUCACAGCAAGAAUUCGCAAAUCUGGUGCAGUCCAUGAGGCGGAGAUGCAUUGCAGUACUUAUUGCAGGCCACACAAGCUCACAGAACGGGACCCCCGAGUGCUGAAGUGUGUAGCACGUAAAAAUUAUCUGUCCUUGGUUGCAACACUGACUACCAAGUUCCAAACUGCUUCUGGAAGCAACAAUAACUGUUCAUCAGGAGCUUCAUGAAAUGGGCAAAGAUUACCAUGCGCCAUGCCAAGCGUCGGCUAGAGUAUUGUAAAGCUCGCCGCCAUUGGACUCUGGAGCAGUGGAAACGUGAUCUCUGGAGUGAUGAAUCACGCUUCACCAUCUGGCAGUCCGAUGGCCAAAACUGGGUUUGGCAGGUGCCAGGAGAAUGCUACCUGCCCGAAUACAUAGUGGUGACUGUAAAGUUUGGAGGAGGAGGAUGAAUGGGGCUAUUUUUCAUGGUUCAGCCUAGGCCCCUUAGUUCCAGUGAAGGGAAAUCUUAACGCCACAGCAUACAAUGACAUUCUAAAUGAUUCUGUGCUUCCAACUUUGUUGCAGUAGUUUGGGGAAGGCCCUUUCCCUGUUUCAAGAUGACAAUACCCCCGUGCACAAAGUGAGGUCCAUACAGAAAUGGUUUGUCAAGAUCGGUGUGGAAGAACUUGACUGGCCUGCACAGAGCCCUGACCUCAACCCCAUCGACACUUAGGAUGCAUUGGAACGCCAACUACGAGCCAGGCCCAAUCGCCCAACAUCAGUGCCCAACCUCACCAAUACUCUUGUGCCUGAAUGGAAGCAAGUCCCCGCAGUAAUGUUCCAACAUCUAGUGGGAAUCCUUCCCAGAAGAGUGGAGGCUGUUAUAGCAGCAAAGGGGGGACCAACUCCAUAUUAAUGCCCAUGAGUUUGGAAACACAAAUAGGGACUGGAGUCAGAUAAAGCCGCACGCUUCAAGGAUUUUAAUGGCUUUGAAUGGAUGGAAAGAAAGGCAUGAAUAUCCUGCUGCCUUUCCUGAGGUUUUGAUGCACUUUUAGCACAUUUUUGUAUUUUUUUUAUUAGAUUACCACAGGGUUAGUACUGCCUACCCUGACUUCACAUCACUGCCUACCCUGAUGGCACGUAACUGGGUGCUGUGUUAUGACAUGGCUUGCGUCCUGCCAGGGUAAUGACUAAACUACUGGCUGGAACUCCUCUCUAGAGCAUCAAAGGAUUUUCUUCUCUCUCGUCCUUUAUCUAUUCAUCUAUUAAUUUUAUCACCUCUCCCCCCUCGUUCUUUCUCUCUCUCGCUCUCUCUCCUCCUGCUCAUCCUCCAAUCUUUCCCAACUAUCUAUCCAACCUGUUUGGCACUAUCAUCUCCAACAACAUGUUCUGGUUCUCAUGACAUCAUUGCAAAGACUCAAUAACAGGAACCAUGUGAUGUCGUGUCAACAUAAAACACACCAGGCUUCACUGUGUGUGAAUGAAAAGGUAGAGAGACACAUUUAUGACUGAUUGAAUUAAUACAUGGACACAUCAUCAGUAAUGGAACCUGGGUCAUAGGGUGUUUUGGGUCUUUCAACAUCAGACACCCUCACCCAGGCGAUCCAGUCGAGGUUGAUCAGACCCGGACUUAUGUCCAGGUGGCAUGUCGCUGCUCCCCAUGGAUCUCCUCUCCCCAUGGAUCCAGAACCAUCUUGAGGCUUUUUCAGCUGCCUCAAUGGUGUUGCUGAUGGCUCUCCUCCUCUUCGUUACAUUGAUGCCAAGUGUGUUGUAGGCUCUGUAGAGGGAUUGCCCAGCAAAACCCCUGCAUCCUACCUCGAUAGGCAUCACCUAGCCUUCCAAACCUGCUUCUGACAGUCGAUGACCAGUCCCUCGUACUUGGCCCUCUUCCUCUCGUAUGCCUCCUCAAGACUAUCUUCCCAAGAGACUGUCAACUCCAGAAUAAUGAUGGUCUCCGUGGACUCUGAGACUAGGGCUAUGUCUGAUCUCAGGUUUGUCUUGACAAUGUGCUGCAGGAACUUGAGCUGGUUCCCAGACCAGCUCUUCUCCGGGUCGCCGCUCCCACCAGGACACUAAAACCUUUAUCAGCACAAUUCAUUUUUGUAUAAUAUUAUCUAUCCUAUCCUUUUCACUGCAGAUUUUAAUUAUAGAAAUAAAACCGUACAACCUGGGGUUGUUUGGUUGUGGUCUUUUCUAAUUCAAUUCCCCCCAAUGUAUUUCCUGUAUGUGUCUUCCUUGUGUGUUUCCCCAAAACCAGGGUUAGGCUAUUUUAAGCAUGGUUAUGUCUUUCUGGGGAGAGAGGGAAAACGUUGUUAGUAGGAACAGAGCAGUGUUUGGGAUAAAACAGUCACAGACAGGUUUAGGCUAUUUUAAGCAUGGUUAUGUCUUUCUGGGGAGAGAGGGAAAACGUUGUUAGUAGGAACAGAGCAGUGUUUGGGAUAAAACAGUCACAGACAGGUUUAGGCUAUUUUAAGCAUGGUUAUGGCUUUCUGGGGAGAGAGGGAAAACGUUGUUAGUAGGAACAGAGCAGUGUUUGGGAUAAAACAGUCACAGACAGGGUUAGGCUAUUUUAAGCUUGGUUAUGGCUUUCUGGGGAGAGAGGGAAAACGUUGUUAGUAGGAACAGAGCAGUGUUUGGGAUAAAACAGUCACAGACAGGUUUAGGCUAUUUUAAGCUUGGUUAUGUCUUUCUGGGGAGAGAGGGAAAACGUUGUUAGUAGGAACAGAGCAGUGUUUGGGAUAAAACAGUCACAGACAGGGUUAGCUCACAGCUAGUAAACAACUCAUGGUUCAUAACACAGACAUUAGAUGAUCAUCUGAAGGAAGUAUGGAUUAAACUCAUAUUAUAUGUAUGUUUUAAUGAUUUCUCUCUAUCACUGUUAGCCUACCAAGGUUUAUUUCGGGGGGGACAUUUAGAAUGGGCCAACUUUGUCUUCGCCAAAUAAACACUAUGUCAACGGCAUUUUAAGGAACCACAUACUGUCACACCCUGACCUUAGAGAGACUUUUUAUUUCUCUAUUUGGUUGGGUCAGGGUGUGAUUAGGGUGGGCGUUCUAGUUUUUCGUUUUCUAUGUUGGCCUGAUAUGGUUCCCAAUGAGAGGCAGCUGUCUAUCGUUGUCUCUGAUUGGGGAUCAUAUUUAGGCAGCCUUUUCCCACCUGUUUGUGGGAUCUUCCCGGGACCACCCAUACGUAGAAUGUAUGCACACAUGACUGUAAGUCGCUUUGGAUAAAAGCGUCAGCUAAAUGGCAUAUAUUAUUAUUAUUGUUUUUGUAUAGUUGCCUUGAGCACUGCAAUACUGCACAUUUGUUAUAUUCUUUGUUGUUUUUGUUGUA